AUGCAUACAGCACAUUGUGCCAGUAAUAGUGAAGCUGUUGGUAACAGUAAUAGUGAAGCUGUUGGUAACAGUGAUAGUGAAGCUGUUGGUAACAGUGGUAGUGAAGCUGUUGGUAACAGUGAUAGUGAAGCUGUUGGUAACAGUGAUAGUGAAGCUGUUGGUAACAGUGAUAGUGAAGCUGUUGGUAACAGGGAUAGUGAAGCUGUUGGUAACAGGGAUAGUGAAGCUGUUGGUAACAGUGAUAGUGAAGCUGUUGGUAACAGUGAUAGUGAAGCUGUUGGUAACAGGGAUAGUGAAGCUGUUGGUAACAGGGAUAGUGAAGCUGUUGGUAACAGGGAUAGUGAAGCUGUUGGUAACAGGGAUAGUGAAGCUGUUGGUAACAGGGAUAGUGAAGCUGUUGGUAACAGUGAUAGUGAAGCUGUUGGUAACAGUGGUAGUGAAGCUGUUGGUAACAGUGAUAGUGAAGCUGUUGGUAACAGUGAUAGUGAAGCUGUUGGUAACAGGGAUAGUGAAGCUGUUGGUAACAGGGAUAGUGAAGCUGUUGGUAACAGUGGUAGUGAAGCUGUUGGUAACAGUGAUAGUGAAGCUGUUGGUAACAGGGAUAGUGAAGCUGUUGGUAACAGUGAUAGUGAAGCUGUUGGUAACACGGAUAGUGAAGCUGUUGGUAACAGGGAUAGUGAAGCUGUUGGUAACAGGGAUAGUGAAGCUGUUGGUAACAGUGAUAGUGAAGCUCUUGGUAACAGUGAUAGUGAAGCUGUUGGUAACAGGGAUAGUGAAGCUGUUGGUAACAGGGAUAGUGAAGCUGUUGGUAACAGGGAUAGUGAAGCUGUUGGUAACAGUGAUAGUGAAGCUGUUGGUAACAGUGAUAGUGAAGCUGUUGGUAACAGUGAUAGUGAAGCUGUUGGUAACAGGGAUAGUGAAGCUGUUGGUAACAGGGAUAGUGAAGCUGUUGGUAACAGGGAUAGUGAAGCUGUUGGUAACAGGGAUAGUGAAGCUGUUGGUAACAGGGAUAGUGAAGCUGUUGGUAACAGGGAUAGUGAAGCUGUUGGUAACAGGGAUAGUGACGCUGUUGGUAACAGGGAUAGUGAAGCUGUUGGUAACAGUGAUAGUGAAGCUGUUGGUAACAGGGAUAGUGAAGCUGUUGGUAACAGGGAUAGUGAAGCUGUUGGUAACAGGGAUAGUGAAGCUGUUGGUAACAGUGAUAGUGAAGCUGUUGGUAACAGGGAUAGUGAAGUUGUUGGUAACAGGGAUAGUGAAGCUGUUGGUAACAGGGAUAGUGAAGCUGUUGGUAACAGUGAUAGUGAAGCUGUUGGUAACAGUGAUAGUGAAGCUGUUGGUAACAGUGAUAGUGAAGCUGUUGGUAACAGUGAUAGUGAAGCUGUUGGUAACAGGGAUAGUGAAGCUGUUGGUAACAGUGAUAGUGAAGCUGUUGGUAACAGGGAUAGUGAAGCUGUUGGUAACAGUGAUAGUGAAACUGUUGGUAACAGGGAUAGUGAAGCUGUUGGUAACAGGGAUAGUGAAGCUGUUGGUAACAGGGAUAGUGACGCUGUUGUUAACAGUGAUAGUGAAGCUGUUGGUAACAGUGAUAGUGAGGCUGUUGGUAAUAAUAUUUAUGGUAGGAGUUAA